AUGUCCAGGGAAACUUAUCCAAAUCUAGAAGAGGUGGAAAUCCCUGAUUUUCAGGACACUAGUAAUACUGUUCCGGAUCUUGAUGAUCUAGAAUUAGAGUAUGACCAAUAUAAAAAUAAUGAAAAUAAUGACGCAUUUAAAGAUAAUGACUUGGAGAGCAAUUCUGUUGCAAAGCCCAACGCAGUAGGCAAUGGCAAAGGUGCAAAAGGCUCAAAAAUUGAGUAUUUCAAUCCUUCGGAUGUCUCAUUGUAUGAUAAUUCAGUUUCCCAAUUUGAAGAGUCAACCGUAUCGUUAAAGGAAUACUACGAUCAUAGCAUACGGUCGCAUCUUACUUUGAAAGGAGCACGCGAUUAUCUUAAGAGUGUCUUCCCAAUUAUCAACUGGCUACCACAUUAUAAUUUCAACUGGUUUACAGCUGACCUCAUUGCAGGUAUCACCAUUGGUUGUGUUCUUGUGCCACAGUCCAUGUCUUAUGCGCAAGUUGCCACGCUACCAGCGCAGUAUGGGUUGUAUUCUUCAUUUAUUGGUGCAUACUCCUACUCCUUUUUUGCUACUUCUAAAGAUGUUUGUAUUGGACCUGUUGCAGUCAUGUCUCUACAAACCGCCAAAGUCAUUGCAGAUGUCACGGCAAAAUACCCAGAUGGAGAUCCUGCCAUUACUGGUCCUGUUAUUGCAACAACACUGGCGCUGUUAUGUGGGAUCAUUUCAGCGGCCAUUGGUUUCUUACGUUUAGGUUUUCUCGUUGAAUUGAUUUCUCUAAAUGCUGUUGCUGGAUUUAUGACCGGGUCCGCCUUCAAUAUCCUAUGGGGUCAAGUACCAGCACUUAUGGGUUAUAAUAGUCUGGUUAAUACGAGAGCAGCCACUUACAAAGUUGUCAUAGAAACCUUGAAACAUUUGCCAGAUACUAAACUGGAUGCAGUAUUUGGGCUCAUUCCACUUUUCCUUCUUUACGUUUGGAAAUGGUGGUGCGGGACAUAUGGUCCAAUAUUGAACGACAGGUAUAAUUCUAAAAAUCCAAGAUUGCACAAAAUUUUAAAGUGGACAUAUUUCUACGCCCAAGCUUCCAGAAAUGGUGUCAUUAUUGUUGUGUUCACUUGUAUCGGUUGGGCUAUUACAAGAGGCAAAUCCAAAUCGGAAAGACCCAUAAGUAUUCUAGGCUCUGUUCCAUCUGGUUUAAAAGAGGUUGGUGUUUUCCACGUUCCAUCCGGAUUAAUGUCUAAGCUUGGUCCAAACUUACCUGCAUCAAUUAUUGUGUUAUUGUUAGAACAUAUAGCCAUCUCGAAAUCUUUCGGUAGAAUCAACGAUUAUAAAGUAGUCCCUGAUCAAGAGUUGAUUGCUAUUGGUGUUUCAAAUCUUUUGGGUACCUUUUUCAACGCUUAUCCUGCUACUGGUUCAUUUUCAAGAUCCGCUUUAAAGGCCAAGUGUAAUGUCCGUACUCCAUUGUCUGGUUUGUUUUCUGGAUCCUGUGUUCUUUUAGCGCUAUAUUGUUUGACUGGUGCAUUCUUUUACAUUCCAAAGGCCACUUUAUCUGCAGUUAUUAUUCAUGCUGUCUCUGAUCUUUUGGCUUCUUACCAAACCACUUGGAACUUCUGGAAAAUGAACCCAUUAGAUUUCAUAUGUUUCAUCGUUACAGUAUUAAUCACGGUAUUUGCCUCUAUCGAGGAUGGUAUUUAUUUCGCUAUGUGCUGGUCAUGUGCAAUGCUCCUCUUAAAAAUGGCAUUCCCAGCCGGAAAAUUCUUGGGUCGUGUGGAGAUUGCUGAAGUUACUGAUGCUUAUAUCAAAGCAAACUCUGAUGCAGUUAGUUACACAUCUGAAAACAACAACGGCAUUCGUACUUCAGAAGAGGGUGAUGAAUAUGAAAAGGAUAGUUCCACCAAAUAUAUCACAAAUUCUUCAAAGAAAAUAGAAACUAACGUCCAGACGAAGAGCUUUGAUUCACCAUCAUCUUUAAUAACCCAACCCAGAAUGAAAUACCAUACUAAAUGGGUUCCAUUUGAUCACAAAUACACAAGAGAGUUAAACCCGGAUAUCCAAAUUCUCCCCCCACCAGAAGGUGUCCUUGUUUAUAGGCUAUCCGAAAGUUACACCUAUCUCAACUGUUCUAGACAUUACAAUAUCAUAACUGAAAAAGUCAAAGAAGUAACCAGACGUGGUCAAUUAAUUCGCCAUAGGAAGAAAUCGGACCGACCAUGGAAUGAUCCAGGCCCAUGGGAGGCACCUGCUUUCUUAAAGAAUCUGAAAUUUUGGAAGAAAAGAGAAAGCGAUUCAGAAUUUCUGGAAAACGCACCCGACAACUCGAUUGGUACUGAAAGAGAUGAUAGACCGUUAUUAAAAAUACUAUGUUUAGACUUCUCACAAGUGGCACAAACAGAUGCCACAGCCCUUCAAUCAUUAGUUGACUUGAGAAAGGUCAUAAAUCAAUAUGCUGAUAGACAAGUUGAAUUCCAUUUUGUAGGCAUCAUUUCGCCAUGGGUAAAGAGAGGUUUAGUUAGCAGAGGAUUUGGUACUCUAAACGAAGAAUAUAGUGAUGAAUCCAUUGUUGCCGGUCAUACAAGUUAUCACGUCGCAAGAGUACCUCAAAGCAAAGAAAAUUCGGAUAAAUAUAGCGUUUACACUGCUUCGGGAACAAAUCUACCUUUCUUCCAUAUCGAUAUUCCAGAUUUUGCCAAAUGGGAUAUUUAA